AUGUCGCUCGAAUGGCCACGGACGGAGCCUUAUGGCCGACGAUUUGUUGCUGAUGGCUGGAACAUCCCUCAUCAGUGCAAAAGCUGGGAUGCUAUCAUGGAGUAUAUGGACCAUGCUCAUUACAAUGGGUCGCAGCGGUCUGAUAUAGCAAAGUAA